AUGAACUCAACCGGUUGGCCCGGUACAGACAGUCGAAGAGUGGGAGGAAAGGUGCAAAUGAACUCUUUCACGACAAGGCUAUUGUAUACCCUGAUGCCUGCCACAUGGUAUGCCCGCAAAGAUGCGAGCAUUCGUGGACUCCUGCAAGCGUUGGCUGCUGAUUUGACUGCGCUGUUUGAGGAGGGACUUACGGUGACAGUUGCUGGCCAACGCAAGCAGUUCUUUGUGGCGUUCCUGGGGUGUAAGGGAGAUUGGCCAUGGCUUAGGAAGGCAUAUAAUUUGGCCAGCUGCUUCACCUCACGGAGGGUCUGCCAUUUAUGCAGUGGAUCAGAAUGGUGGAAUAUGACAUCCUCUUGUGAAGCACGGGAUUGGAGGAAUGCUGAGCCAGCUCCUCACCCUUACAAGGCAGGUACGCCUUCACCACUGAGAUCCAUUCCAGGUGGUGACAGGCCCUCUGCGAUCAAGCCAGACUUAAUGCAUACAUUCAAUAUUGGCAUUGGCGGUGACUUCGCUUUUUCUGCGGUCAUUACUCUUUGUUGUCUGAGUUUCUUUGAUGACUAUGGGUCCACAAUUCAGAAACGUUUGGAUUGCGCAUAUGACCGUUUUGCUCAAUGGUGCUUUGACAACCACAAGAAUGCCCAGAUCAAGUCUUUUGAGCUGAACAAGUUCCAUAUGACUUCGUUGAAGCAGUAUCCUCGAGGUACGGGCCGGGCUCAUGACACGGGGCUUGUUUGUAAGUGGCUGAAUGCAGAACUUCAGGGGAUAGUUCCUGGAGAUUUUGAACACCCAAACAUCAUGGAGAUCCUGCAGUGGACGUUGCAGAACUUCAACAUGUUCUACCACUUAGUUCAUGGCGAAGGGCUCUGGAUGCCAGUCUCAGUGGCGCAAAGGGUUGUGCAACAUGGGUUUGCUGGUGGCGAGGGGUUUGCAGCUUUGGCAUCUUUGGCCAAGCAGCGAGGCUGGCACCUUUACAAGUUACGACCCAAGCUGCAUAUUUGGGUACACAUCUCGACGAUGCUGGAGAAGGAUUGCACUUGGACUUCCAAAGUCCUUAACCCCCUUUGCUGGGGGUGCUGGAGCGAUGAAGAUUAUAUAGGAAAAUGCUGCAGGGUAGCGCGCAGGCUCAAUGCAGGCUCUCUGAUAGUACAUCGUGUGAUGACACGGUGCCUCAUGAAGUACAAAAGGUAUUUCGAGGAGGGAUUCAAACCCUGA